AACGCAACCUCGGCCGGAUAAAGUUCCCGGCCGAGGCGGAGAGCAGACGGGGCGAUGGCGGAGCGGGGCGAGGCAGUCGAGGCGGCCAACUUGGCCGUGGUGGUGCGGGCAGCCGGCGAGCUGUGCCUGGAAAAACGACCAGUUCCUGAACCUGGUCCUAAUGAAGUACUUUUGAAAAUGCACUCUGUGGGAAUCUGUGGAUCUGACGUCCACUACUGGCAACAUGGACGAAUUGGAGAUUUUGUGGUGAAAUCUCCAAUGGUGCUGGGCCACGAAGCUUCAGGAACCGUUGUUAAAGUAGGGUCUUCAGUAACCAAGUUAAAGAAAGGUGAUCGGGUAGCUAUUGAGCCUGGCGUUCCUCGAGAAACUGACGAAUUCUGCAAGAUCGGACGUUACAACCUCUCUCCGACCAUUUUCUUCUGCGCAACCCCUCCUGACGAUGGGAACCUGUGCCGAUAUUACAAACACGAUGCCAACUUUUGCUACAAACUUCCAGACAACGUCACCUUUGAGGAAGGUGCUCUUGUUGAACCUCUUUCAGUUGCCAUUCAUGCCUGUAGAAGAGCCAAGGUGACACUGGGUAGCAAAGUCUUCAUUUGUGGUGCUGGACCCAUUGGGCUCGUGACUUUGAUUAUUGCUAAGGCGAUGGGGGCCGCGCAAGUGGUGAUUAGUGAUUUGUCUGCUCCCCGACUUGAAAAAGCUAAAGAAAUCGGGGCUGAUUUCACCAUCCAGGUCAAGGGACAGAGCCCUGAGGUGCUGGCCGGUAUGGUGGAAAACUUGUUGGGUUGUAUGCCUGACAUUACCUUGGAAUGCACUGGGGCUGAGUCCUGCAUCCAAACUGGAAUCUAUGCAACCCGUUCUGGCGGGACUCUAGUUUUGGUGGGUCUGGGCCCAGAAAUGGUCACCUUGCCCAUCGUGAACGCAGCAGUGCGUGAGGUGGACAUCCGCGGGAUAUUUAGAUACUGCAACACGUGGCCGAUGGCGAUCGCGAUGCUCGCAUCGAAAAAAAUCCAUGUGCAGCCACUGGUGACCCACCGUUUCCCUUUGGAAAAGGCAAUGGAAGCAUUUGAGGCAACCAAGAAAGGGAUUGGGAUAAAAAUUAUGCUGAAAUGUGACCCAAAUGAUCAGAAUCCCUAAAAAACAAAACAAAAAACAACCACCACCAAGUCCUUGUAUCCCAUUCUACUUUCCUGUUAGGGAGAAUUAAAUCUUCAUGAGAAGAAAAUAUGAACAAAGUGAAUCAGAGCCUUAAACUGAUGAGAAUGUAGAGCCCCCAUCAAGGAAACAAAUGUUAUGCAAAUUAUUUGGAAACUUGAACCUAAAAGGAAGAGACCUUGAAGUCGGAUGACUAAAUGACCUCUGUCAUUACAAGUGAAAUGUGUCCUUGGAACCAGAGCAGAACUGUAAAAUUAAGUCUCCGUGUUUAAUUUUCAGCACAGCGCAGCUCUCUAGGCAAUGGUGAAAUCCAAUUUUUUUUUUAAUAUGGUUCUGUGGGUGUGGCUUGGUGGGCGUGGUGUGGCUUGGUGGGCGUGGCUUGGUGGGCGUGGUACGGCUUGGUGGGUGUGGCUUGGUGGGCAUGGCAGGGGAAGGAUACUGCAAAAUCCCCAUUCCACUCCUGGGGGAAGGAUAUUGCAAAGUCUCCAUUCCCCCCCCUACUCUGGGGCCAGCCAGAAGUGGCAUUUGCCAGUUCUCCAAACUACUCAAAAUUUCCGCUACCGGUUCUCCAGAACCUGCUGGAUUUUACCCCUGUUUCUGGGUCUGAAAGGCAUCAGGGGGAGGGCAGGACUUCCUAGGUGAGACAUCAGGACUGAAGAUUCCAACUUGGCAUUCUCAUGGAUGUGUGUCGUCUAUCAGGAUCCGUUCAGAAGUUGAAACACCAGUCCUUCGUGAUUGUUCCGAUCCACUUCUUGCAGACUUUGAAGCUGCUACACACUUUUUCCAUCCUUUCAGAAGUUCCUGCAGGAGUUAGUAUCAAGUUCUAUCCAGACCGAUUUACAUGAAGGCAUGGCUACCUACAAACAUCUGCUGGGAAUUUUGGAUUAUCAUCUUGUAAGAUCGUCUAAAGUGUGAAUGAAUGGCACAGAAAGUAGGGCUAUCAAUUCUCCAUCCCAUCUGAAGAAAUCUUCCUUCCUUCUUUCCUUUCCUUCCUUCCUUUCCUUCCUUCCUUCCUUCCUUCCUUCCUUCCUUCCUUCCUUCCUUCCUUCACCCCCUAAUUCUUCCUUCGCUCCCCCUCUAAUCCAUCCAUCCAUCCAUCCAUCCAUUCUUCCUUCCUUCCUUCCUUCCUUCCUUCCUUCCUUCCUUCCUUCCUUCCUUCCUUCCUUCCUUCCUUCCUUCCUUCCUUCCUUCCUUCUUUCUCUCCCUCUCCCCCGAUCCUUCAUUCACUCCCCCUCUAAUCCAUCCUUCCUUCCUUCCCUCCCUCCCUUUCCCCAUAAUCCUCCCCCUCUAAUCUUCCCUCCCUCCUUCCCUCCCUUUCUCCUUCCUUCCUUCCUUCCUUUUCUGAUACAACGGCAAGGGAUGCUAGAAACCUGCUGCAGUUCCAUCCUCCUACCUCCGUAUCUCCUGGAGGCUAUUGAGGUCAUGGGUUAUUAGUUACCACUAGUUCCUUGAACAAUGUCAUUACUAUACCUUUUCUAGCCCUAACUGCUUUAUGGAUGUUUAUUUGUGCAUCUAUGUGGAAAGAGAAUCCUGAUUGCUCCACUGGUCAGUUCCUCUGCAAAUACAACUAUUGUACUGGAACAUCCUGGUUUUGUAACCCACAGAGAUGGCUUUGCCUCUCACUGUUAGAACAAGAACUACUUCCUUCAGCGGUGGGUUGCCCCCGGUUCGGACUGGUUCCCAAGAACCGGUAGCAAAACUGGUGGGAGACUCCGCUCACUGACACGUGACAUCAUCAGGAAGCUUCUGCGCAUGCACAGAAGCGUGCUAGGGUGGUUCCAUUGGGAACUGAUAGUCAAGGUAAAUAGAAUCCACCCCUGACUUGUAAAUCCAUACCCUCCUUGUGGGAUGUAGAGACAUUUUUUUAAAAAAUAGGCAGUGGUCAGGCCGAGGUCCAGAUGGCACAUGUAUCUCUGGGCUGAGAUUGGUUCUGUCACCUAAGGCGCUGUCUUGUAGCAGUCAUUUCUUCGCUGCCAUGACAGUUUCAGCGGUUGGAAUGCAGGUGAAUAGGGAAGUCACAUCACAGGAAACCAUGGUCUCAUCCGGGUCCAGUUUUAGACUCCAAACCUUGCUGGCAAAGUCCUGUGAAUUGUUGAUGUGAUGGGUGGUGUUGCCAACCAGAGGAGCUAAUAAGGUGGUUGGAUGUUUUGCAAUGUUGUAAAUGACAGAGUUGAUGCACAUGCAAUGACACCAAGCUGGCAGGAAUAGCCAACACUCCAGAAGAUAGGCUCAAGUUACAGAAAGAUCUUGACAGACUUGAACAUUGGGCGCUAUCUAACAAAAUGAAAUUCAACAGUGAAAAAAGUAAGGUUCUACAUUUAGGCCAAAAAAAACAAAAUGCACCAGUACCGUAUAUGUGGUACCUUGCUCAAUAGUAGUACCUGUGAGAGGGAUCUUGGAGUCCUAGUGGAUAACCAUUUAGAUAUGAGCCAGCAGUGUGCAGCAGCUGUUAAAAAAGCCAACACAGUUCUGGGCUGCAUAAACAGAGGGAUAGAAUCAAGAUCACGUGAAGUGUUAGUACCACUUUAUAAUGCCUUGGUAAGGCCACACUUGGAAUAUUGCAUCCAGUUUUGGUCUCCACGAUGUAAAAAAGAUGUUGAGACUCUAGAAAGAGUGCAGAGAAGAGCAACAAAGAUGAUUAGGGGACUGGAGGCUAAAACAUAUGAAGAACGGUUGCAGGAACUGGGUAUGUCUAGUUUAACAAAAAGAAGGACUAGGGGAGACAUGAUAGCAGUGUUCCAGUAUCUCAGGGGCUGCCACAAAAAAGAGGGAGUCGGGCUAUUCUCCAAAGCACCUGAGGUUAGAACAAGAAGCAAUGGGUGGAAACUGAUCAAAGAAAGAAGCAACUUAGAACUAAGGAGAAAUUUCCUGACAGUUAGAACAAUUAAUAAGUGGAACGACUUGCCUGCAGAAGUUGUGAAUGCUCCAACACUGGAAAUUUUUAAGAAAAUGUUGGAUAACCAUCUGACUGAGAUGGUGUAGGGUUUCCUGCCUGGGCAGGGGGUUGGACUAGAAGGCCUCCAAGGUCCCUUCCAACUCUGUUGUUAUGUUAUGUUACGUUACAUGCCACAAAGACACAAUGCCACACCUGCUUGUGGCAUGUAGACGAGUGGUCCAGGUGGAGAACUUUAAUUUGGAAGGGCAAAAGUUGCUGUUGGACCAUUGGCCCCAGAGGUGGGAUUCACUUACCUUCCCUACCGGUUUGCAAAUGUGAGGGUGUGUGUGUUCGCGCUCGCUUUGCUGACAUGCGCCACCUCUGCGCAUGCACAGUAGUCACACGUUACAUCCAGGCGAGUGGGCAGAGCCUCCCGCAGUCACGGAAACCGGCUCACGCGAUCUGGACCGAACCGGCUGCAUCCCACCACCGAUUGACACUCCUCACGCCCGGGGUCUUCCCUAGGAGGUGAAUAUGGAAACUUCCAGGGAGAACUUUCACAAAUUUGGUGCGUCAAAUUUGUUCUUCCUAUGUGACGUUGCCUGAGCAAAUAAAAGGAGAACGCUUCUGUUGAAAAGUCUGUUGAAAUGGCUGAAAAGUCUUUCACGGGUUGAUUUCUCUGAAAGCUGAUUGGGAAAUUCAAGGAAAUAAAAUGCUUUCCGCCCUCCCCCUACCAUUUUAUUCCUCUGUCAUUUGAGGUGCUGUUUACCUCUGUGUAAGGGUGGGGCAGUCCUGCUUGCGAUAACCCCAAUUUCAGCAGUAUUUGCAGAUAGUCAAGAGUUUCUAACUGAAACGUUGAAAGGCAAGGCAUCAAUAUUUCCAAUUUAUUUUUCCCCUCCUGAAAGCCAGGCUUCUAUAAAAUACACACUGCUGUGUGUUUAUUCGACCAUAACAACAUUCCUCUUUAUUCCAACAAAGGGUGCUUAGAACUAUAGAAUAAGUCCGUUAAUAAGAAUAACAGGGUUGGAGGGGGACCUUGGAGGUCUUUUAGUCCAACCCCCUGCUCAGGCAGGAAACCCUAUACCGGGGGUCAGCAACCUGCGGCUCUGGAGCCGCGUGUGGCUCUUUCACCCCACUGCUGUGGCUCCGUCACUCAAAAUAUGUGUCACAAGGAAACAGAAGGUUUAAUUCAACUACAUACGCUAGUUUUGUGGCCGCCCAAGAAAUAGUCAGGCACGGGAAGGGUUUUUGUGGCUCCCCGUGUUUUGUUUUCCGUGGGAAAUGGGUCCAGAUGGCUCUUUGAGUGUUUAAGGCUGCAGUCCCCUGGCCUAUACCAUUUCAGACAAAUGCCUGUCCAGUCUCUUCUUAAAAGCUUCCAGUGUUGGAGCUCCCACAACUUCUGGAGGCAAAUUUUUGCACUGAUUCAUUGUUCUCACAGCCAGGAAAUUUCUGCCUAAUUCCAGGUUGCUUCACUCCUUGGUUAAAUUCCACCCAUUGCUUCUUGUUCUGCCUUCAGGGGCUUUGGAGAAGAGGUUGACCUCCUCUUCUCUGUGGCAACUCCUUAGAUCAGCGGUUCUCAACCUGUGGGUCAGGACCCCGUUGGGGGUUGAAUGACGAUUUGCCAGGGAUCGCCUAAGAUCAUCAAAAAUAGGGGAAGUAUACUUGCGAGUCGAAGAAUCGCGCUCCAAUGGUUGACUCCACAAGCUAGCUGCAGGCUCUUCAAAUUGCUAGCCGAAUUCGGCUUCAGGCGCGAUGAAUUAAAAAAAGAGAGAAAUCUUUGCUCUGAUGUCUCCCUCUCAAGCCAGCUGCAAUCAAUCCCAAUCGCUAGCCUAAUCUGGCUUCAGGCGCGAUAAACUUGAUAGGGGAGGAGUCUCCGCUUUAAUGCCUCCGUCCUCAAGGCAAUCGCAAGCAGUUCAGAUCGCUAGCCAAUACGGCUUCAGGCGCGAUAAAUUCAAAACGAAAAUAAUUUUACAGUUGGGAUCGCCACAUCAUGGGGAAUUGUAUUAAAAAGGUUGCCACAUCGUUGGGAAUUGUAUUAAAGGGGUCGCAGCACUAUAAAGGUUGAGAACCACUGGCUUAGAUAUUAGAACACUGCUAUCUUGUCACCCCCCUAGUCCUUCUUCUCAUUAAACUAGACAUAUAUAAGGUAUAUACUUUACCUGACUCUGUGGUCUCUUCCCAUAAUCCUAAACGUUUUAUCCAAAAACUUUCUACUAUUGACCUCACCCCAUUCCUAAGAGGACCAUAAGGGGCGUGCAUAAGCGCACAAACGUGCCUACCGUUCCUGUCCUAUUUUUUUUUUCUUUUCUUCUUUCUAUAUAUAUGCUUAUACCUCCUUAUAUUUACCCAUAUAUGUGUUUAUUUACUAUAUAAUCUUUUUGUAUGAUACCUACAUAUAUUGUUGUGACAAAAUAAAAUAAAUAAAUAAAUAAAUAA